CCUCCUGCUCCUGCUCCUCCUCUCUCUCCUCCUGCUCCUCCUCUCUCCUCCUGCUCCUCCUCUCUCUCCUCCUGCUCCUGCUCAGGUGUGGAGGAGCGGCUCAGCGGUCUGUCUGAUCUGAAGGUCGGCGGUGUGGUCGUGGGUCCGAUCCACGUUGCUCCGGGAGACGACGUGUUGUCCCUGCGGUUUGAGGAGGUGUCCUCUGAGGCAGGAAGUCUGCAGCAGUUCAAAGACUUCGUGGCGGCGGCUCAUAAGAAGGGUAUCUCUGUGGUUCUGGAUCUGACCCCAAACUAUCAGGGAUCAUUUGGACCCUGGUUCUCCAACACCAGCGUCACCAACGUGGCUGAGAGACUCAAGUCCGCUCUGGUGUUCUGGAUGAAUGAGGACGUGGAUGGCGUGCAGCUGGCGGGCGUGGAGCGGGUCUCCACCGUCGUGCCGUCUCUGUGGACCGACAUCCGAGCCAUUGUCCAGAACGGGACCAAGAAGGACUCCAAAAACAAGAGAGUCCUGAUCGGCCUCACUGAGCGCUCCUCGGCUGAGGACGUCUCCGCCCUCCUCUCCUCUACCGGCGUCGACCUGCUGAUAUCCAGAGUCCUCCGCCCCGGCGGCGCGGACGCCAUGGAGCACGCUCAGUCCGUGCAGCUCCUGUAUUCGAACCACAGCCAGCUGAAACUGGCCUGGAGCCUCGGGGGGCCGGCAGAGGGCCACCUGGCCUCGCUGGUGGGUCCGGCCCUGGUCAGACUGCACCAGCUGCUGCUGCUCACACUGCCCGGGACGCCCGUCAUCAACUACGGGGACGAGAUCGGCCUGAUGGACAAGGGCACCAAGUUUCCCAGGAUGCUUUGGGACUCUGACGAGCAGCUGAACGGGACUCUGCAGGUAAACAAACAUCAACGACACGGAGAUAAAACUCUUGAUUUACACUCAGAAUACCACGAAAACUGGGAGGAGUCAGUACAAGAACUGCAAGUCAAAGUACUAUCAGCAGUAAAAUUUAAAUUAGUGAGGCAGUCGUGGUGACGGCAGUCGGUACGA